UAAUGCAUAAAUCUCGGGUCUUAUAUGUAUAUUACAUUACCAAUGUAAUGGAGACGGAGCAGCAGUACAUACACCACCACCACUAGAAAGUACUAGUCUGAAUCAGAAUCAGAAUCAAAUCAUAUCUGCAACCUUAAUUCCAUAUACGUAUCCAUCAAUGAUCAGACAAGACAAGAUCUAGGCGGAGCGAAAGAGAGACAACUCAGAAUGGGUGGUGGAGGUGCCGUCACCUUGUCUCUGACGAUGAUCAUCUUCUUGUCUUCCAUUUCCGUAUGUUAUGGAUACGACCCAUCAGAUCCUUAUGGUAACGUAACCAUCACUUGGGAUUUCCUCUCCCAGAGCGGCCCAGAUACGUAUGGCAUAAAAGUAUCAAUAUACAACCUGCAACAAUACAGGCAUGUCGAGGUGCCAGGAUGGAAACUAGAAUGGACGUGGAACAAGUCGGAAGUGAUUUGGGACAUGCGUGGUGCCGAGGCAGUUGAGCAAGGAGAUUGCUCAGCGUUUAUGGCUUCCGGUGCCGGACAGCUUCCUCAUUGCUGCAUGAAGCGGCCCGUCAUCAUUGACCUGCUUCCCGGAACUCCUUACAACAUGCAGUACACCAACUGCUGCAAGGGAGGUGUUUUGUCAUCCAUGAACCAAGACCCUUCCAAGUAUCUCUCCGCCUUUCAGAUGAGCAUUGGAAACUUUCUUGUUACCCGCCAAGGAUCAGACAAUCCCUUUGAUAAGCUUAACAUUACAAUGCCUACCAAUUUCAAUCUUGGAAUUCCUGGUUACACCUGUGGAGACGCGUUUCUAGUCCCCCCAACGAGGUUUUCUGAUGAUAAAGGACGCCGCUGGAAACAAACCCUUGAGACAUGGAACAUCACCUGCACCUACUCUCAGUUCCAGGCUUCUCGCGCACCAAAGUGCUGCGUGUCCUUGUCUGCCUUCUACAACACCACCAUUGUCAAUUGCCCUCGUUGCAGUUGUGGAUGCCAAGGACUAGGAGGAGCCAAAUGUAUCAAGUCUGGUGACGAGCCUCCUUCUACUGUGCUAAAACUUCCACAGGAUCCACAAGCAGCAGCAUUACCUCCUCUGGUAACAUGUUCGGAGCACAUGUGCCCCAUCAGAGUUCACUGGCAUGUCAAGCAGAGUUAUAAGGAGUAUUGGAGAGUCAAGAUCACAAUCACCAAUCUCAAUUUUCUCAAAAACUAUUCUGACUGGAACUUAGUCGUUCAGCACCCAAACUUAAAAAGCGUCAGGCAGCUUUUCAGCUUCAAUUAUCGGCCCCUGACCUAUGGAAACAUCAAUGAUACGGGCAUGUUUUGGGGCAUUAAAUUCUAUAACGAUAUGCUAUUAACCUCGGGAAACCAAGGGAACGCACAAACAGAAAUGUUGCUGCACAAGGAUGAAGGAAUUUUCACAUUCAGAGAAGGAUGGACUUUCCCAAGAAGAAUUUCCUUCAAUGGGGAUGAAUGUGUAAUGCCCCCUCCAGAUGACUACCCCACACUUCCCAGUGGAGCUUAUACUAUUGGAGCAAACCUCAACCCUUCCCUACUAUUAGUCUCCUUCUUGUUCCUAGCAGUAGCAGCACCGGCUCUUUUCUGAUCUUUUCUGAUUCAUGGCCGGACUAGUUUAAAUGGCGGUCUACUUCUGUUACGAAUUAAUGGAAAAUUCCAUUUAGUUUAGAGAAUAUAUAUAUAUAUCAAGGGACACCAUAUUUUUCACAAAUUUUGA